AUGUCACUUGCCGAACCGCUUCAUAUGUUUCUGACUGCUUGUAAUCUGUUUCAGUCAGAAUCAUACACUGCUUCUUCCUGGAUGUCACUGGAUUCUACUGCCUCGGAUGAGCACGAAGCCACUAAUGCCAUUCAUACUGCAGACACUACAAUAGACAUGGCAAAUGUCAAUGAGAACAUUCUGUGUUCAGAUGCUCUGUCUAGUCAUGCUGUAGAUGUGUCUGUGUUGGAGAGCGAUAUUGAGGAUGACGAGUGUCGGCCCUUAUUGCUAGCGGCUACUAAUUUUGUAAGCCACCAGCAGCCAUCUACAGACUUAAUCAACCCAUUUCAGGAUGUGUGCGACCAUCUUGCAUUCCGUCCUGCUUCCACUGCUGAAAGUCGUACUGAAUACUCCUGUGACGUCACUCCUCGAACAUCCACCAUCAGUCUCUCUGAUACCAGGAACAAUGCUCAAUCACAAUGUGAUGCAUUUGCUGAACAACAGUUAUUGUUGCUUACAUCAGAUACUCCUUUGUGCGAUAUUACUACUACUGCCACAUCACACUCUUCAAGUAUUCCUAUCCAGCAGUCGUCUAUACUUCCUCUUCACUAUUAUACAAGUACUGAUCUGCCCAAGUACUGGGAUCAACGACCUUCAGUCGAAUCUACCUACAUUAAUCUAGACCAAGAUGACUUGUUAAAUCAAUACAAUCUUUCAAAUACACCAAGCCACAAUAUUCUUGACCCAUUCACUAGUCACCACAGAUCAUCUUCUACUAGUCCCCAGCGUAGAAUAUCUAAACGGGUCUCAUUCAGUGUAUAUAACGAAUCGUUUACAUAUGACGAUUGGGCAAAACGGUUAGAGUUGCAUCGACUGGAGCGAAAGCUUCGUGGUCCAAUGUACAGUUGUCGGUGCUAUUUCCAUCGUUGUAUGCGAUAUCUUGCAAGUUUCUUUCCCUUUUGUGGCAGUAUGGAUCUGGAUGAGCUUCAAACCUGA